CAUUUCUCUUUUUUCUCAAACAUAAUUUCUUUCCUAUUUCCCUUCAUUUCCAUUCUCUACUUCUUCGCCACAGCUUCUCUUUUUUCUUCCAAUUAACCCUCUCUUAAACCCCUCUCUUACUUCAAUUUUCUUCUGGGUUUUCUCAAAAAUAGUGAAUUUCCAAGAAAGACACGAGCUUUUUCAAUGCAGGGUGUUGUUUUGGGUGAUGGUGGAGGUCUCUCCAGAGGUUCAGCAAGUGGGUCGAUGUCUGCGGUGUCCAAAGAGGACAAUUUGGUCUUCUCUUCUGAGGAUUCCUCCAGCCCAGAUGAGUCUGAGCUCGAGCUGGGCCUUGGGUUGAGCCUCGGUAGUGGUUGUGGUGGUGUGAAAGCUCAACAAACUUUGAGAGUUCAAUAUGCUAGGAUCUUGACAGCUAAGGAUUUCCCUUCUGUGGUUUCUUCAGCUUCGUCUUCAUCUCCAUCGUCGUUAUCUUCGACUUCGUCUUCCUCGUCGUCUCCUUCCUCUUUGAGCCGAGCUAACGUUUCUGCUGGCACUAAGAGAAGUGCUGAUUCUGUUGCUAAUGGCGCCAGUCAGGUUGUGGGAUGGCCUCCAAUCAGGGCUUACAGAAUGAAUAGCUUGGUUAACCAGGCCAAAUCGCCACUCACGGAAGGAUUCAACUCCAUAGAUGAAGAAAAUAGAUGCAUAAAUAAAGUGACUGGGAAGGCUGAUAAUGGAGAUGAGAAGGAGAAUGGAGUUUCUAAGGAGAACGGGCAUCUCAGGAGUUCUAUGUUUGUGAAGGUGAAUAUGGAUGGAAGUCCAAUUGGAAGGAAGGUUGAUCUGAGUGCUCAUAACAGCUAUGAAGCCUUGGCACGGACGUUGGAAGACAUGUUCAAUGAACCGACCACAAUUGUCAAACUGCGAUCAAGUGGGAAGGACCACGAUAAACAGGUAGGAGGAACUGGACUUUCAAAGCUGUUGGAUGCAUCAUCUGAGUAUGCUCUUACUUAUGAAGACAAAGAUGGGGAUUGGAUGCUUGUUGGAGAUGUUCCUUGGGGGAUGUUCUUCAACUCAGUGAAGAGGCUCAGAAUAAUGAGGACAUCUGAGGCGAAUGGACUUGCAGCUCCUAGGCCACAAGAAAGAGAAAGGCAUGGGAGGCAAAGAUGCUAACCUGUCUAAACACACACACACGCACACUAUCUCAAGAUGAUGCUUCGAAGUCAUAAAUAAAGAAAGAUGAAAAGAUACCUUACAAGUAAAGAUUUUCGACAAGUAACGAUUGGUCUUGCGGCUCUUCUGCUCUGCUCUGGUUUGGUUCGUGUUUAUUAUCUACCAUUAUAUUAAAUUCUUGCUACUGUUUCUCUUUUGGCAUCACCGUUACCGUCCUGCCUCGAAAGCCAGUGAUUCAGUUUUUUGAUGUUAUACUAAAACACUUGCAUACUUUGAUGAAUGCUUGUUUGUUUAUGCUGUAACUUGUAAAUAUGGGGAUGCACAUUUGAUUUUGUAUUCUCUGCACACCAGAUGAGCUUUCCCUCUCGACUACUCAUAAAGAAGUGUUAUUACUCAAUACCUUUAAAGGAUAAAGUUUUGCAUGCUC